UGUCCCAAAGACUACAAUCCUAUAUCCAGGACUCACGAUUCAGACAGCGAUGCAGAUUUGUGGCGAGCUGGAGGAGGUAUAUUUGCAAGAAAUGCACAAUCGAGGAGAUACUUGUGCAUCACAAAAUCCACUGACGCCAAUGCCGCCGACUACGUAGUCGAUAAGAUAAGUGUGGUAGGUGAGAAAGAUCCGGUUCCAGAUGGAUUCACCCAACUUUCGAAAACAGGAGACUCCAAACAAAAGGCUUGGCGUAAAAAACAAUUGUGUUAUCGUUUGGCCAAAUCUUCAGAUGCCAAAGAAGUGGUCACGGAUGUCAUACUCUGUUCGAGAUCUAAAAGACCUCCUGAUGGAUUCUCAUCGGCCGGUGAAAUAAACGGUGUUUUAGUGUGUUACAAAAAUAGAGAUUCGCAAACAACAAAUGAAGUUCAACUGAAGUCACCUCCUCUACCUCCUAGGAAUUAUCCAUUUCUUAAUUUAAGUAGUAACUUCGAACACGAUUUGUCCCUCUCGCCCAAAUCUCCAACGAACGAAAAUCAAUUAUUAAAACCGAAGAGACCAGCUCCGACUCCGCCAAAAACAAAUAACCAGAAACAACCAGUCGUCAAUGUGUAUAAUAAUAAACCUUCGAACAAUUGUCCAGGAUCUACGUACACUUUAAAUUCAUAUACCAGUUUGGAUGGUGUGCCAUUUGUAGUCAGCAGUAAGAUAAAGGACAGUCCGAAUAAUUUCUCUAUGCCGCCAUUUAGAGAAUUCAAAUUGACUUCAGAGUACGAGUAUAACUUUUCACUAGAGCAGCAGAUUGUUAAUGUGUAAAUAACAAUUUAAUUGAUAUAUAUAUACACACAUAUAUUUAUAUAUAUA